CAUGAAAGUGUAUCGCAUUACCAACGAAGUGUAACAAUAGUCUUUACUACAAAAUAUCUUCAACAUAAAAUGAUAGACUUCAUAUUCAAUCUUGCCUUUCUCUCCAACAAAGCAGAUAUCGUGAAAUAGACGCCAGUGAAAAUGUGGAGGAAGAUUAAGAGUUUCUUUGGAGGAAAUUCAAAUCAACCGUUUGAGAAACAUCCGAAAGAACGCGUGGAAUAUAAACAAGUCUCUAACACAGAAACGAGCAUUGAUAAUACGACUGUUUUUAACCAUGAACUACGCAGGAUCGAUGACAUUUUGACUGACAUCGGAUUUCGUUUUAUUCAUUUAAAAAUUUUAUUUAUAAUCGGUCUUCUAAAUAUGACGGACUCCCUUGAGGUCUCGAUAUUUUCCAUAUUGUUACCUCGUAUUAGAACUGACUGGAGUUUAUCUUCGUUGCAAGCUGGAGUGCUGACAUGUUCCCUUGCUAUUGGGAUAACAAUUGGUUGCUCUUUUUGGGGCUGGAUUUCAGACAGAUACGGUAGAAAAAUUGGUUUUAUUGGUUCCGCCUGUUUCAUUAUGACAUUUGGCUUUGCAAGUGCUUUUAUAACAAACUAUUAUUGCUUUUGGAUAACUCUAUGUCUUACUGGCUUUGGAAUAGCAAAUGUAUAUGAGACAUCAGUUGUAAUUCUGGAGGUUUCCCCACCGAAAUAUCGUUGUAUUGUCGGCGUUCUCUUGUCGACGUUUUGGAGUCUAGGAUUUUUUGUGUCGGCAAUCACUUCAGCGCACAUUAAAACGAUUCCUGGAAACCAAAGUCUCGCAUUUGUAUGCAUUCCAACUGGUCUAUUUCUCGCUAGCGUAAUUUUUCUUCCCGAAACACCGCAUUACUAUCUGACAGAGGGCAACGAACAAAAAGCUCUCGACACCUUGCAAAAGUUCGCACCGGAAAUGGACUUUACAAAUGUUCGUCUUCAAAAGUGUAAUGUAGUCACUAAACGAGCAAACUUAAAAGAAGUUUUCCUGAACGGUUAUUGGAAAAUCACAACAUGCUGUGCUAUUGCUUUCUUUUCCAUCAUGUGCUUUUAUUACAAUGUCAUCUACAUGGCUUCUGAAAUAGCAGCACCAUUAAACUUUACUCAAGUGCCAAAACAUCAGAUGGCAAUAACGCAAGAAUCUGAUCUAUAUAACUUGAUGGUGUGGAUGCAUUUACCGGAAGUUACGAUCCUUUGCAUAUUUGCAUCAAUGUGUUGGAUAAUGACGGUAAAGAACUCCCUACUUCUUUCAUUGAUUUGCAUAAUUGCGACUCAAAUCGUGGAAUCUUUCUUCCUUAACAAGAGAACCGCUUUUUUCUUGAUGACGAUGAUCACACGAAGUUUAGCGAUGACAGCUUCAGCCCUCUGUGUCAUUUUCAUUCCUCUGCUAUAUCCGACAGAAACUAGAGCCUUGGGACUUGGCGUGUGUGCUUCCUUUAGCCGUGUAGGAAUGAUGUCAGGACCAUUCCUUUUUGAGACAUAUUUUCAACAAUUUCUUGCACGCAGUAUUGUAUACAACAUCGGGAUGACUUUGAUAGCAAUUUUAGGAAUUAUAUUAUUGCCUUCGCCCACAAAUACUGAAUUCCUUUGAAUCCAUCUAUUCUAAAUUAUCUGUUCUAAUUUAAAAUUGAAAAUGCUUAAGACGAAAUCCAGCAAACCACAAAUUAAAGACACUUAGAAAACAACGAAAAAGGUGGACAAGGACAAGGAGCAAUGUGAAGAUAAAAGGUGUGAAAAAGGAUUGUGAAGAUCGAAGGUAUAAAGAAAGGAUUGUGAAGAUCAGGGAUGUAAAGAAAACACUGCGAAAAUCUUUGCUGUAUCAACUAAAAACUACGUAUAAAUUUGUAAUUUGCUAGAAAUAUCACUGAAAAAAUAUA